AUGAUCGGCCAGCCCUGCUUCCCGGAUAUGGGAUCCGACGCGUUCAUGUCCAUGAUGAAGUCCCCAGACCUCGUGGGAGACCCUCUCAUCCACACCCAGCACCUUCUCGGCGGUGUCUCGUACGAGUAUAUCUCCGAAGACGAGAUUACAGCCAUUCAUCAAAUCUGCGCUGCGCACCAGCGCUACUCCGACGAUACUUUUGCUACGGUGGCGUACCAGGCCCACGGCUAUGGGAAGAUACAGCACUGGUACAAGAGACUUGGGGGGACUUGGAAACUUGCUGGAUUGCGCCCGGAAAUGUACUGGAGUGAGAAUGAGCUUUCUAAGAUUUUCCCGCGGCAGGGCUUAGCUUCGUGA